UGCGCAGCGGCGUUGCCACACAUUCAUUUCAAAUUUGACUUUUGCGCUAACGAACGUCGUGGAGAACGCAAGAACACAAAAAAGGGACGCUACAACGCUUAAAACUAAAGUACAUUAUAAAACAAAUAAAUAUAAAACGUGCUAAGCAUAACAGGUACGCAAUAUGCUUGGCGCUACUAUUAACACACAAAUGACAACGAUGCGCAAAAGCGCCGCUGCCGUCGCGGCCUUGGCAAACAACAAAGGACAACAGGCAGAGAGGCAGCAACAAGUGCCGCAACAGGCUGCCUCCAAUUUAACAGAAAUUAUAACAAAAUUGCAAUUGGAUUAUGGCAACUACAAGUACACUGUCUAUCGAUGUGCUAGCAAGUUUGUGGCAUUGCAAAAAAUCUUUCACACUAGCAAAAUACCCUAUAAAUUGGUGCUGGCCAUACUGGAACGCCAUGGGAUGCCCGUGAGCAGCGGCAAUUGUAAUCUGAAUCUGAUGGUGCCGCCCUUUCAGCUCACCUCGCUGCUGCACGACAUUUACCUUGCCUGCGAGAAGCUGGGACACUUUAACAAAACACAAAGCUAUCAGCUGGAAACGGCAACAGCGCUAUUGGCCAAUUUCUUUUGGAAUGUCUACGAUCCGCAACGGCGUCAUUCCAUCUCGCUGCUGGAGAUCAAGGUGACAUUUCUGCUGCUCUGCAAGCUAUACAGCAGCGAGCAUAUGGUGGGCGACUUCUACAGCCUGCUGGCCGAUGUGAAAUCCCAGUGUGUUUCACGUUACGCCUUCGAGCAGCUGCUGCACACGCUCAGCAAGCUGCUGAGCUACCUGGGCGAGUCAAAGGCCUAUGGGCCGCACAAUUUACAGCCCAUGAUGGAGCAGUGCUUCGCACGUUGUCAUCACGGACUCGCCGGCCUCAACGAGCAACAGUUUCACAAUCUAUGGACGCACACGCAGACACGUUUCCUUAUCUAUGGCAAUCUGUUGGCGCUGAUCAAGCGCAUCGAGGAUACGGAGCAUCUGAUACACAGCAAUCAGUGUGCCAGCUGUCGCAUAGAGCACAUCAUUGGCAUCCGGUUCAAGUGUCAGGUGUGCCGCGAUUUGUCGCUGUGUUUGCCAUGCUUUGCCGCUGCCGCGCAUGUCAGCGGCAAACAUGAGGCAUCGCAUCGCAUGUGCGAAGUGUUUGUUGAGGAUCAGCCGCAACCGCAGCGCUGGACAAACUAUUUGUCGCGCCUAUGCGGCUGGUUUGCCCUUGCGCAGAAAACACAACGUGCCGAGGCCGAGGAGGAGGAACGUCGCGGCUUUUGCAAUGCUCAGGAAAGCGGCGCUGGCGUCUGUCAGCCCAAUAAUGCCACCGAACUGACGCCCAUACCAGCCGAAACGCGCAGCAUACGCAGCAGCUCAACGCUGCGCCUAAAGGCGCCUCCAAAUGAGAAACCACAGCAGCCGCAGCCGCAGCCGCAACAUCAGCCGCCACCACAACAGGAGCUAUGCUCCUUAACGGGCCUGGCCAGCAAUGCAUCGGAACGCCUGCAAUCCAUCAUCGACCGUCUGUUGCUGCAAAAUGCCAAGCUGGAAACGCAACUGCAACUGCUGUCCAGCACGUCGAGCGCUCAAAUAUCCGAGUUUCUAAGCGCCCAUCAGAGUUUCUUGCUGCAAAUCAUUGAGGAUAUGCGUCAACUAUCGCGUGCCUCGUCUGCCGCACCGCUGAUCAGCUCCACGUUCUUGAAUUCCAGCACGCCGCAACGCCUGCCGCUGCCCGUGGCACCAGCUGUAUAUGAUAUGUACGCGCCUGUGGGCGCCAAUUUAACACAUUCCAUCAAUGGCGCCGAGCUGAAUCGCAGCUAUUUGGAGGCCAACAAAUCGGAUUACUCCCUAAGCGACAUUAGCUUGUGGUUCGAUCAGCGUCGUUCCAGUUUACUGCCUACAGCCGGUGCACAGCCGGCGGCACUUUCGCUGGCCAUGCCGCUGGGCGCGCUCCUGGAGCAAUCGGUGAAUGUGGACAUGCGGGACACGGAAAUGGUGAACUUUAAGCUGCUGCUAAACAAGGUCAAGGAAAUUGUUGAGGACUCGUACAGUGAUAAUGCGGAGCUGUCAGCGGCCACACAGAAUCUGGAGAAUGUGCUCGACAACAUCAUCAAGAGCGAGGAGCAGCAGCGACGCAGCAGCUGCAGUGCCAGAAGCUCUCAGCGUGCAGUGUCCUAAAAAAAAUCUUUUCUUAUGAACUAUGUGGACAAACUUUAACAAAUCUUCAUUUGAC